AUGACCGCCGCUCUCCGCAGGCAGUUGAAGUGGUGUACUAUGGGAAUUGAAAUGAACCCACUUGACAACCUCAAGAACUUUAUCCGACCUUUCGUACACAUGUACAAUACAAGGAUUAUGAACAGCUAUCUUACCUACGAGUUGGAGGAACGUUACAGUUCUGUUCUGGAUCAGCAGCACAUUCCUGGAAAAUCUGUAAUUGAUCUCGCGAUGAAAGCAUAUCUCGACGAGAACCCCGGGUCCACUGGCAUUCCUGCCCCUUUCAAAUCGGCUGCCAUGGCACAGAUAAAGCUUUUCGUAUUUGCGGGCCACGAUACUACCUCUACUGCGACGGUUUUCACCUUCCAUCUCCUGUCAAAGCAUCCGGAAGUAUUGCAGAAAGUUCGCGAAGAACAUGAUGCCGUGCUUGGACCUGUCUCGAACGUGCCGUCGCUUUUGGCGUCGAAGCCACAGCUCUUGAACCAGCUUACAUACACCUUGGCAGCCAUCAAAGAAGCACUCAGAAUCUACCCAACGGUGUCAACUAUCCGAAGCGGUCAGCGAGACCUGCAUCUCGUCAGUCCCAAUGGACAUAGUUUUCCCACAGAGAGCUGCAUGAUCUGGGGAGAUCAUUACAGCAACCACCACAAUCCACACGUCUGGAAUCGACCGGAAGAUUAUCUGCCGGAGCGUUGGCUUUGCACAGAAGAAGAUAGUCUUUAUCCACCUAAACACGCUUGGAGGCCAUUCGAAAGGGGCCCUCGUAAUUGUAUUGGGCAGGAGCUGGCUCUUACGGAGAUUAAGCUCAUUCUUGCAUUGACUAUCCGGGAGUUCGAUGUCGCUGAUGCGUAUGCAGAAUUUGACACGGCGAGAGGGAAUACUGGAAAUAUGAAGGUCAAUGGGCAGAGGGCGUACAUGGUCCGUAUUGGAGGCGGGGGGCAUCCGGCCAAUGGCUAUCCAUGUAGGGUGCGCUGCUUAGAGUGA